AUGUCCCUCAAUCCCUCAACAAAAAACGUUGGAGAAUAUGCAGAGAACUAUUCAGCAUUACAACAAUAUUCUAUUCAUAACGACAAGACAACAGUCGACACAUCAGGAGCACUAUCAGAUGAUGCCCAACAAAAUGUUACAUUUAGUGUACCAGAACGUUAUGUAGCCCAAUCAACAAAAAGCAAAGAGAGUCUUUCAUCAUGGAUAUCAGAUUCCAGUCUCCAAGGCAAUAUUACUAGGAAAAUCACUAAGGAGCUUGGCUCUCUAGUAAUACUUUUGAGGAAUGUCGAGGAAACAACGAGGCCACUAAUUUCUAUCAUUAUUUAUUUGUGGCUGAUAUUACAGACAGUAACUUUGUCCACCUAUUCAGAGUACAGGUGGGGUUUCGUUGGUGGGUGGGUUAUGAGAUCAGUUGCUUUUCUAUGGACAUUAUCUUUUGAUUUAUUACCCUAUGAAGGAUUGAUUGCUUUUGCUUGUAUUUCAUUCAUAGUUUCGGCCACAACUCUCCUAAUGUUUUUGUUUUGUCACAAGGCAUUUAGUAAUGGAAGUAAAUACUGGGAGAGAGCAAAGCAAAUCACUCGACUGCUUAGUACCCUUCAUGUAUUAUUUGCAGUUCCAAUGAUGUAUUGCUAUGGGCGGUUUUUACAUUGUGACUAUACUUCAAUGACCUUAUCAGGAUUCGAACAAUCACAUGCAUGUUGGUCUUCUCUCAAUAUUGGAAUGAUAGUUAUUUCUGUCAUUGGAGCAUUAACAACAUUAUUUACAUCAAUAAUAUCAUCAUUGAUAAUGGUUGACAUUAACCCUAUGAGUAGGGGAGUUUUCAUUUCAUUCAGUCCAUUCUUUUCUACUAUGUGGAUCUCUUCGAAUAUUGGAUUUGCAUUUGUUCAACAAGUUAUUCCACCUUCAUUAUACUACGUUCCACCACUUUUGCUCAUUUUGAAAAACCUUUCACUUUGUGUAUUGCAAUGCUAUAGACUUCCAUUCAUGAGAAGAGUGGAGAAUUCAGUGAUAUUUGGAGUGUUAGUUGGAUCUAUUUUAUGGUCAGCUGUCUCAUUAACAUCUUUUUCUGUCAUGACAAACUCUAAAAACAUUGACACAGAGACAGUUGGUUUAAUUUUUAUGGGAAUAGCUCUCUCAAUAUUCAUUUUAGGGUUUAUUUGUGGAUUUGCGUCAUUGGAAAUUGUUUCUCGAUUAAUGCAAACCUAUGUAAAGAAAAAUAUUGAAGCUAAUCUUCUUGAUGGGGAACUAUUCUUAGACAGAGGAAUUAAAUAUAUGGAUUAUUUCAUAAUUUGGUCUAUGAAGGAUAGUUCACAUUCUGAUUAUGCCGAAUUGUUGAUCAAGACAGUAUCUUCCUCCAAGAUUGAUGUAUCCUUUCAAGAUAGACUUAUUGCAAUAGUUUAUACAUACUACUUGAUUGAGAAUUCUGAAGCUUCUUCCAUAUUGCUGUUGAAGAAAACUGAGGAAUUGAUAGAUACUGCCAAUUUCAUUGACAAGAUGAAUUUCAUGAUAAGAAAGAAAGAAAUAACAUGUACUAACAUGUCUGAAAUUGGUAAUUACUUGGAGAAAGUUCUAAUGAAGCAAGAAAAUAUUCUUCUUUUGAAAAAGUCAUUCUGGAAAACCUUAUUAUCAGAGGAUUCUUCUGAGAGAGCACUCGAAUCAUCCAUUCGUAACAUUUCCAUUGAAAUUGAGUCAUGCAAUGACAUUUUACAGAAUCUAGUCUCUGGUAAACGUGAGAAGAGUGUCUAUAGAACUUAUGCUCGAUUCUUGGAACAAGUUCUUUAUGAGAAAGAGGCAGCUGAUGAUUUUUAUGAAAGAGCGAAUCAAAUGGAAGAGAAUGAAGCUCGCAAACGUAAAAUGUCUUUCUCACACCAGAAAGCCAACAGAGUUCAUCCUUUGAAAGAGGCUCGUAAUUUGGCAUUAUAUGAGAGGAGAAAAAGUGUUGAGCAACAAUUGGAAGACUUUGCAGAGCUAGAAUCUGCAUCAAUGUACAAGGAUGACAGGAUUAAUCCUCAAGAAAAGGCGAAAGAAAUUUAUAGAGUAGCCAUCAAAAGAGAAA